CGAACUUAAGAAUUUGAUCACCUUGGAAGUCUAAGAAAAUCUGUUCCUUCUUAGAUUCCUAGUCUAUUUUAUUUGUACGCCACCGUUCUUCCCCUGUAUAAAUAUGGAUGAAUGAUUAUCACCAAACCACAUCUGCAGUGAUCCUUCUUCCCUUGUCAGCUUCCUUGGCAUCAUUAUCUUCUCAAGGAUCUAUAUCGAUUAAGGUUGUGUCUUUUAUCUUCUCAAGGAUCUAUAUCGAUUAAGGUUGUGUCUUUUAUACAGCAUCAUUAUCUUCUCAAGGAUCUAUAUCGAUUAAGUAUGACUUUUCCUAGCAGAUCUCCUAACCACAAGGGCGAUUUGAAAAAAAACUGUUCCUAUCCGCCAGAAUCCCAAAACUCGAGGGGAUGGCUGCAAACAGUGUGCCACCAAACGUCCAUCAGCUAUCAGAGAUUUCCCACUCAACCUUCAAAGAGCUAACAAGGUUGACAACGUUUCCAUCCCUAAUGCAAACAUGAAUACCGGGGAUAAAUUGACAGUAGCUAUAAGUGAAGACGAAAUCGGAAGCGUCAAUGCUCUAGCUAGAAUUGCCUGUUCGUCAACUGAAUACACUCCUGCUACGCCUUCCCCGAAGCCAGCAGCACAGCAGCGUCUGCCAUUUGAAGACGAUCCUUCCCGUCCAGCCUUUUACAGAUCGACUGGCUCUGCGGUGACUAUUGGAGACUCUGCCAUCCAGAAUCCUACCGUCGCUCGUGGUAUCAUGCUCUCCAGCAUGCUUCCAGUAGAUCGCCAUUGCUACGAUCGUAUGACCGACAUUCCACAAGCUCUUGAUCGUGCAUCACAGCAUUAUGCCGGUCUUUCACUCGUCCGGCGGGUCGGAGAACUCCAUUAUGAGGUCUUAGACAAGAAAGAGAAGGCUCAUGAACUUACCUUGUACCAACUCCAGCGUGAGAAUGAUAAGUUGAAGCGCCAAAUCAAGGACUUCCAUGCAAAAAGUCGUGAGGCCGACAAUGCUUUGAAUUUGAUGCGUAAGCAACGCGAUCGCGCCUCUUUAAAGCUGAAGGACUUGGAAGUUAUGUUUUUGUUCCUUCCAAUGCUGAAAAGGUCGUUGAUGGCGUCGAUGAUAUGCACUACGACCCGGAAGAGGAGUAAUACCGUGAAGAGUAGUUGUCUGCGCUUUUUCAGAAUUUUUUCUGUCAUUCUUCUUAGGCUAGCAUAUGAACUUAGGCAUCCAGUUUGAUGUUUCAUUAUCGCGCUCCUCAUUAGCUUUGUUUAUUGCGCUCCUCAUUAUUGUGCACCAAGGAGUACUUUAUUAUUUUCACAAGGACCUAGUGACCAGUCACUUUUAAUUUGUUUCUUUUUCCCUUCUUUAAUGGAAUGGCAGCUUACUUUC